ACCUUCUUUAAACAAUUCCAUGUAGCUUAGUGGAAUCAAUAGAAAAUAGAUACAACGAUGUCAUUCAGCAAACAAAAUGUGUGUGGCGAUCAGGUUGUCUUCAGCUGCUGGAAUGACACGGAUCCUUUUACAGACAUCAAUGAAUGUGAGGAGCCAGAGGUCGGUGUACCUGGACACAGGUGUCAGUGGAAGUGUGUGAACCUGCCUGGCUCCCACCGCUGUAUCUGUCCCAGAGGCUACAAACUGGACUCAGACAGACACCACUGCAGAGAUACCAAUGAGUGCAGCCGUAAGAAUGGGGGCUGCUCUCACCUGUGCCUGAACCAUAAAGGAAGUUACCAGUGUUCCUGUCUGCCUCUCACCGCCUCUCCCCUACAGUAGGAAGAAGUGUCAGCCAAGGAAAGACCUGCAGAGUAAUGUGUAGCAGAGAUGGUGUGGAGAUCAUUUCAAAUGUCAUUUAUUCUACUGCUUCUACCGUCCCUCUGUUCCUCCUUUGAACAAUGACUUCCACAAUUGAAUCUACAUUUUGUCACUUCAUUUUGCAGACAAUAGGGACAGGCGUUAGAUUUUUUUUUGUCAAAUCAUUGAGAACAGUAUAAGAAUAAACUGUGUUUA